GGGUCGGUCAGCCGUCGCCAGCCGAGGUGUGCCCUGGGUUUGCUCGCCGUUGCUGUCGCCCCAUCCCUGCUUCCGUGCCUCCCACCUCGGCCCCUCGCAGCCGCUCUCCCUGCCCUACUCCCCUUAGCCACCCCUCGGUUUCUGCCGUCGGGUCGCUGGGGCCGGGCCAAUGAUGCCGUCGGAGAGCGGAGCUGAUCGCCGGGACCAGGAGGCUGCGCAGGGAGGGGCAGAAGCAGCCCCGGCUGCCCCGGCAGGCGGCGGCCCCGACCCCAAGGCCUCAUCGGCCUCCGCCGAACGUCACCUGAGCGGUCUGGGCUGGCCACAGGUGAAGCGGCUGGACUCGCUCCUGAGCGAGCCGAUUCCCAUUCACGGGCGCGGAAACUUCCCAACGCUGAGCGUGCAGCCCCGGCAGAUCGUGCAGGUGGUCCGCAGUAGCCUGGAGGAGCAGGGACUACAUGUGCACAGUGUGCGGCUACAUGGCUCAGCCGCCAGCCAUGUGUUGCACCCUGAGAGUGGCCUGGGCUACAAGGACCUGGACCUGGUAUUCCAGGUAGAUCUGCACAGUGAGGCAUCUUUCCAACUGACCAAAGCGGUGGUGCUGGCCUGCCUGCUAGACUUCCUGCCAGUUGGUGUGAGCCGGGCCAAGAUCACACCACUAACACUCAAGGAGGCGUAUGUGCAGAAGCUGGUGAAAGUGUGCACGGACACAGAUCGCUGGAGCCUCAUCUCACUGUCCAACAAAAGUGGCAAGAAUGUAGAGCUCAAGUUUGUGGACUCAGUGAGACGUCAGUUCGAGUUCAGCAUAGACUCCUUCCAGAUCAUUCUGGACUCGCUGCUGCUUUUUGGCCAGUGCUCAUCCACACCCAUGUCUAAGGCCUUCCACCCAACAGUGACAGGUGAGAGCCUGUAUGGGGACUUCGCUGAGGCUCUGGAGCACCUGCGGCACCGUGUCAUCGCCACUCGCAGCCCUGAGGAGAUCCGCGGUGGUGGCCUCCUCAAGUACUGCCACCUUCUGGUGCGGGGCUUCCGGCCACGGCCCAGCACUGAUGCGCAUGCCCUGCAACGCUACAUGUGCUCUCGCUUCUUCAUCGACUUUCCGGACCUAGUGGAGCAGCAGCGCACCCUGGAGCGCUACCUGGAAGCCCAUUUCGGUGGGGCUGACGCAGCUCGCCGUUAUGCCUGCCUGGUGACGCUGCAUCAGGUGGUCAACGAGAGCACCGUGUGCCUCAUGAACCACGAACGCCGCCAGACCUUAGACCUCAUUGCUGCGCUGGCGCUCCAGGCACUGGCUGAGCAGGGCCCUGCUGCCACUGCCGCCCUGGCCUGGUGCCCGCCAGGCCCUGAUGGACUUGUGCCAACCACUGUCAAUUACUAUGUGACCCCCGUGCAACCUCUGCUGGCUCGGGCCCACUCCUAUCCCACCUGGCUGCCUUGUAACUGACUCAGACCCUGGCCAAAAGGGAAGGGAUUGGGCCUCACAUGGUGGGGUGGGGCCUCCAGGAGUGUGUGGAAGACAUGACCAGAAACAGGUGACCCAGCACUGUUGCAGCGUUGGGCCUUUGAUUGAACAGACCAGAUUUUCCUGAGCGAGGCCC